CUCGAUUUUGUUCUGAAUAUUGACUGACGUAAUUGUAUACCAUUACAAUUUAACCCUACCCAUCAUACCUGCAACAUCCGCAUAUAUCCAGUCAUUUUCCCACAGGUUUGUUAAGUGAUUAUCACGUUUUUACAUCGCGCAACACUUAGUAUAGAUUGGAAAAAAAGAACACUCGUUUGACAACAUGGCUAUAGCAAUAUCUAUGCUGGGAAUUUGGCUUCUGGCUGCGGUACAACUCGGUUUCUUAGAGGCCUACCCCAAUGGAGCUCCUAGCGGAGCAUGCGAUGCUAUGAUUCCAGUUGGUCACUCACCUUCAGUUGCUCAAACCAACGACUCCAUAUAUGAUAUCAAAUUGUCGUCUGCGACAUACUGUCCGAACAAAGAAGUGACUGUAACAAUAAUGGGAAAGUCUAAUGGAGAGAUGUUUAGGGGAUUCCUUUGUCAGGCAAGGACUGCAGUAGAUACAUACGAAACAUCCGGUAACUUGACGUCAGGAAAUUCCAAUGUGGGAACGAAGAAUGAAUGUUCUGGGAAAGCCUCUCUAACACAUACUGACAGGAACGACAAAACGUCAGCAGUACUGAAAUGGACACCAAAUGAAGGCUUCACGAGCCCAGCAUUCAUUGUAUGUACAAUUGUGAAGGAAAAGGCAACCUUUUGGGUGAAGCAAAACGUUAAACUUACAUACGCAGGGGCAGACAACUGUACGACAAACGGAGCUACCAGGACAGUUUUUGUGUCGUUGAUUCUAAUGGUUGUGUGCUUCGUUCUCACACAUUUCUAAACUGGCAGUAUCUUCAGAUGAUGAAUAUGGUAAAAAAGAAAAAAGAACAAAAAAAAAAACCACCCACGCACACACAUACACAAACACACGCACGCACGCACUCUUAUUAUAACCCUUACCCCUAAACUUACCCUAAUGCGUUCCUUUACCUAAACUUAACCUUAUUUCUAUACAGCAUUUUUUUUAGGCUCCUAAACAUAAUAUAACUCUAAGAGGGAAGACUAAGUUCUAAGGUAGCACUUUUUCUACCUCACAAUGUAGGUUAAACCUCACUUUGCAUUAGUUGACACACUGACCUUGCCAUGUGAGGUUAACAGGAGCACACACACAUACACACACACACACAUGCACGCACGCACGCAUUUCUUUUAAACUCAGUAAUAACGCUGUCAUCAAUAAUUAUAUUUUGCAUUUUAUUUGUGUAUUUGUAAAAAAAAUCAGACAAAGGAAAUUGCAUAUUUUAAUUAUACUAAUAGAUCUACUUCAUUAACCUCAAUUUUCCUGUCCUGCCGAUUUAUUGUGUUGACUUGCCUUGAUUUGAACUGGACUAGUCCAUUGUAUUUUCACGGGGGUUUAAAGAUCCAAAUAAUAUUUUGAAACAGACGACACUUUAAUGAGACUGAGACUUUCAGUUUAAGUCAAAAGGAAAUGAACAAUAAAAAUGCGACAGCGAAUAAAUAACUCUGUUUUAAUGUUAUUUUUAUUGCUAUAUUCACAAAUAAAGCUUUAAAAUACA